AUGGCGCAUUACGUCCCUCCAAAGGAGCGCGGGGUCGUGUCUGACGACACGACCCCCCGUUACACCCUCGCCGAGUUGGCCGACAUGCUCCAGCGUCUGGCUGCAGAAGACGAGCGUCGCCGCUGUACUGGCUUUGCGCCCCCGUCAGGUCCGAACAGCCUGCGACAAGAGAGUCGCGGUUCUGACCGGGCGGACAGUAGCGCGAACGACCCCGGCGAUCGCCGAUACUGGGACAACGUGUCGCCCGACUCCUCUUUCCUGAACGCCCACCUUCCUUCCAUCCUACCUGAACCCUCUCUCGUCCCCGGUGCUCCUGCUCAGCGUCAAGAGCGAUCUCUUGACGAAAAGGAGGACGGGAGGACGGAACCUGAUUCGAACUCCGGAACAUACUACUCCUCGCGCGCUAGCAGCCCCGACGACGACUCCCCCUUUACUAGCGCUCCUCUUCCUCCUUCUGCCAGAUAUGGACCUUCCUCUACCAAUCCAUAUCGUUCCCUUUACCCGACUUCGGCUCCUUCCACUAUGCCUUGCGCUCCCUCCUCCACCGCGAUACCCCCACGCGCCACCCCCGCCAAUAAUCCCGCCUAUACCCUCUCCUGGAGCAACCCCUUUGCCUCCCCUGCUAUCGUCUCAUCUACCGGCAUGCAUCAUAGCUCUACAUCGUUCCCCGACCCCCCGUCACCAGCCACUCCUUCCCUGCACGUCGAGGGGAAGGGGAAAGCUCGCGUGUCGUCGUCGGUCGCUACUCAUCCCGCACGCCUGUCCACCAGUGGCACCCGUCCAGAGCCGGGUGCCCUGUCGUCGGCGUCGCGGCAGUUUGUGGCCGUCCCCAGUCGUCUCUCCACGGUCAGCUCGUCGGACGCGGCUUCCGCUGAAGCCGCGUCGCCCGCCGCGCCUGCCCGCCUCACGCCCGCCGCGCCUGCCCGC